AUGGAGAGAAGACACAGAAGGAAUCUUAGGGCGCUCUCAAGGCAAGUACUGCUUCUCCUGAUUUUGUCAUCCAUCCACCAAACUACUGCAGAACAAAUUCAUUAUUCCAUACCUGAGGAAAUGUCACAGGGUUCCAUAGUAGGAAAUCUUGCCAAGGAAUUGGGAUUAAAUGAAAAAGAAUUAAAAUAUCAUAAACUACAUUCUGUAUCUUUGGAUAAAAAGCAGUUUUUGAUGAUCAAUGCAGACAGUGGAAAUCUUUAUGUAAAUGGCAGGAUAGAUAGAGAAGGAAUCUGUGGGAAAAGUCUUCUGUGUCUUGUUAACUUAGAAGCUGUGAUGGAAAACCCUCAAAAUGUUUUCCAUAUAUCAGUGACAAUCCAGGAUAUUAAUGAUAAUGCACCCAAAUUCCUCAAUGACAAUAUCAUCUUGGAAACUAGUGAACUAACUUUGCCAGGUACAAGAUUUCAGGUAGGGAAAGCAGAAGAUCCAGAUGUUGGCCUCAAUUCUGUCCAAAAUUACAUACUGAGUCCAAAUAAACAUUUUGCACUGGAAAUUAGAGCGAGAAAAGAUGAACUUAAAUAUGCAGAACUGGUGCUGCAGAAACCCCUCGAUCGGGAAAGCGAACAGAGCCUUCAUUUGAUCCUUACAGCCCUGGAUGGAGGUGAACCAAGGAAAACUGGAACUGCCCAUAUAUGGAUUAAUGUUACUGAUGCCAAUGACAACCCACCCAUUUUCACUCAAGAUACAUAUACAGUUAAUUUGAAAGAAAAUGUUCCAGUUGGAUCCCUUGUGCUUCAGGUGGAAGCCUCUGAUAAAGAUGAUGGGACAAAUGCCCAAAUCACAUAUCAUUUCACCAAUUUACCACCUACCACUGAACAAAAAUUCAGAUUGGAUUCAAUUAAAGGGACUAUUUAUCUCACUGAGUUGCUGGACUUUGAAGAAACAGAAGAAUAUACAAUAUCAGUUGCAGCAAAAGAUGGAGGUGGAUUGGUGACACAUUGUAAUGUUGAAAUAAAAAUUUCAGAUGAAAAUGACAACAUUCCAGAAAUACAGUUAGCUUCUAUGUUUAAUCCAAUUCCUGAAGACUCUGAUUCUGGAAACUUAAUUGCUCUUAUAAAUGUUAAAGACAGAGACAUUGGUGAUAAUGGAGAGGUUACUUGUUACUUGCAAAGUAAUUUGCCAUUCAAGAUUGUUCCAUCAUCUAAAAAUUACUACAAGCUCAUGACAGACAGACCUCUGGACAGAGAAAAAGCAUCUCAGUAUAAUAUUACAAUCACAGCCACUGACAAGGGAACUCCUCCAUUAAGCACAAACAAAACCAUCUUGCUGCAGAUCUCUGAUAUCAAUGACAAUGCCCCUGCUUUUGAGAAAGUGUCCUACAGCAUCUACGUGCCAGAGAACAAUCCUUCUGGUGCCUCCAUCUUCCAGAUUCAAGCCUUUGAUCCGGAUGUGGAUCAAAACUCACACGUCACAUAUUCAAUCCUCACCAGCAACAUAGAAGAACUUCCCAUCUCCUCCUAUAUCUCCAUUCAUUCUGAGACCGGCACCAUCUACGCCCAGCGAUCCUUUGACUAUGAGCAGUUCAGGGAAUUUCAGCUGCAGGUGAAGGCCCAAGAUGGUGGGAGUCCCUCUCUCAGCAGCAACGUCACAGUCAGGGUGUUUAUCCUGGAUCGGAAUGAUAACAGCCCUCAAAUCCUGUCCCCUUCACCAGACUCCAAGGACUCUGCCUUCUUUGAGAUGGUCCCUCGUUCAGCCGAGGCAGAUUAUCUGGUAACAAAAGUGGUGGCCGUGGAUGCUGAUUCCGGACACAACGCCUGGCUCUCCUACCAGCUGAUUCAAGCCACAGAACCGGCCCUCUUCACUGUUGGCUCCCAUACGGGUGAGAUCAGGACAGCAAGAACCUUUAUGGAGAGAGAUGUCGUGAAACAAAGACUGGUUCUUCUGGUGAAGGAUAAUGGACGGCCGCCCCUCUCAGCCUCUGUCACUCUGAACCUGGUGUUUGCUGAGAACUUCCAGGAGGCCCUUCCGGAGAUGAAAAACCAGAUGAAAAACUCAGAGGAUCAGUCGGACCUGCAGUUCUAUUUGGUGGUGGCCUUAGCUGUGAUGUCAUUUUUAUUCCUCUUGUCAGUGAUUCUGGCCAUUGCCAUCAAACUCCGGCAGUCAGGGAGUCCCAGAUUCCUACAGUGUUUGGGUCCUGUUCCCCAUUCCACAACUGGAGUCAUAUUUCCACCCAAUUUUGAAGAUGGGACUCUGCCUUACUCCUAUCAGCUUUGUCUCUCCUCAGAAUCCAAGAAGAACGAAUGUACUUUUCUGACACCUAAUGUUCACGUUGCAGGCAAUAUUCUUAGUGGUGAGAAAUCCAAUGCACUUUUCACAGGAACUGCAGAAAAGAAUUUAAUUUCCAAAAUAACAGAUAAGAUCUUAUCCUUUGAUAUGUGGACUAGGUCUGGGUAA